AUGAUUAAUGUUUACAUAUCUGCACGACAAGCGUCUUCGCGCCAUAAUAAUGCAAAUGUAUUAAUUUCUCUUGAGACAAGAACAUUUGAAAAUCUUUUUUAUAUACUCUUAAAUAAACCAACAAUUAAAGCUUCAAUUACUACUCAGAAUGAUAUACUACUCCAAGUCGAUAUACUACCUCAAGACGAUAUACUACCCCAAGACAAUAUACUACCCCAAGAUAAUAUAUUAUCCCAGGAUGAUAUAUUAUUCCAAAACGAUAUACUACCCCAAAAUGAUAUAUUGUCCCAAGACUAUAUACUACUCCAAGAAGAUAUAUUUCCUCAGGAUACUAUUGAAAAUAAAAAUAUACAAUAUAAAAAAAAGGAACUUUAUUUAUUAUUGGAUCGUGUUAAAACUAUUAUUCAUAAAAAUACUCAAACGCCAAAUGCAGAACAAUGGAUUGAGUCUAUUGAUAAAAAUUUUAAUGCUUUGUGA